AGAAAGUAGAGGAUUGGAAUUUUGUGGCUGUGUACGCACCGUAAUUCAGAUAUUGAAACAGCAUCUAAUUAUGUAUCCUCAAAAGAUGAAACCACUUCAAGCCGAAAUUCGUGAUUUUUCCAAACUGAAAGAUAAAUAUCAAGAAAUGCCUUUGCGAAAUGGCACGAACUGUUUCCCAUACUCGCCGUGUGAAGCAACAGCAGAAACAACUUGGUUCGUAGGGAAGCUUAUCCUGUUAGAUGAAUUUGAAGGACUCAACGGAACAUAUCAAAAAAUUACAUCGAGUAUUGUCGAAUUUGCUACGGUAGGAAAGUUUAAAAGUAUACCUUUAAUGCUAAAUCCGCUUGCAUGUUAUAAAUUAGCACUUCAAACUAGUUGUCGACGAGAUUCAGUUAUAUCAUUCUCUCGAAAAAGCCGUCACCAAAUCAUAAAAAUAUUUUCCGCCAGUUACGCAACAGUACAAAAUUCACCUUCACCCGCUCGAACAUAUGGUGGACUCAAAGAUCAAGAUCGCGUCUUCACUAACCUUUAUUCACGCCAUGAUUUUCGAUUGAAAGGUGCCCUUCGGCGAGGGGAUUGGUACAAAACUAAAGAGAUACUGUUGAAAG